GUCACCCCUGCAGCACCAGACAGGGUAGCGUCCCCGCAGGAAGAGUUCCUCCUGUUUGACAGCGUCGCAUCAACUACACAGCAGCACAGCAUCCACACACGGCCGCAAUUCGUCACUUCAUAGCUGGGAACAGCGGUGUGAAGAAUAUGGGCAACGUGCAGCCCACCAUCGUCCCAUACGAGGACUUUGAUGUUACAGCCGAUAUCAAAGCCAUUCGGAAAGCGUGCAAGGGUUUGGGCACAGACGAGGACGCCAUCAUCCAAAUCCUGGCCAAUCGUUCGGCAGCUCAGCGCGUGGAAAUCAAACGGGCCUACUUUGAAAAGUACGAUGAUGAGCUGGAGGAGGUGUUGAAGAAGGAGCUGACAGGUAGCUUUGAGAAUGCCACCGUGGCCAUGCUGGACCCUCCUCAUGUUUACUUUGCCAAGGAGCUGAGAAAGGCCAUGAAGGGGGCGGGCACAGACGAAGCCGUGCUGGUCGAGAUCUUGUGCACGGCUACGAAUGAGGACAUCUUGAGCUACAAGGAGGCUUAUGCCCAGGUGCAUGAGCGUGACCUGGAGACAGAUAUUGAGGGUGAUACCAGUGGAGAUGUGAGGAACCUGCUCAUAUCACUGCUGCAGGCGGGCAGGGACGAGGGCUACGAGGUGGAUGAGGCCUUAGCCGAACAAGAUGCUACUUCUUUGUUUGAGGCAGGGGAAGGCAGGUUUGGCACGGAUGAGUCGACCUUCACAUACAUCCUGACUCACAGGAACUACCUGCAGCUUCAGGCCACUUUUAAGAUCUAUGAGUCGCUCUCAGGAACCGACAUUUUGGACACUAUUGAUGCCGAGGCAACAGGGACUCUGAAGGACUGCUACAUUACUCUGGUAAGGUGUGCUAAGAACCCACAGCUUUAUUUUGCCCGGCGCCUCAACGCUGCUAUGAAGGGAGUGGGCACCGAUGAGGACACACUCAUUCGCAUCAUCGUGGGCCGCUCUGAGAUUGACCUGGAGACGGUGAAGGACAUGUACCUGGAGAAGUACGACGUGACCCUGAAAGAGGCUCUGGAUUCCGAGUGCGGCGGAGACUUCAAACGCCUCCUCAUCGAGAUCCUGCACUGAAACAUUUUACACAUUCCUGCUACUGGCCUUACUUAAGGGUGACAUAAUAUGACACAGCCUGUCCUCCCUUCUCAUUCUUCCUUUUACCAGUUUCCCUCAUUCACCGUCGUUCUACUUACAUCCAUUUCCUUCUCUUUCUUACUCUUAGAGACAGUCAGUUCUCUCUGCAGCAUGGACCAAAACUCAAUAUUAUACUGUUGGCACAUGUUAAACUUUAUAGUCUUUGGAUACACACAUUUACCAACAACUGGAACUUCCUCACAGUAAUUGUCCAGUAUACAGUGGUGGCAUUAUGGCAGCAUUAUAUUGAUCUUAUAUGGAACUCAUGCAGCUGAGCAUCGUGCUCACAUAUUUAUCCAAACCGAUACGACUAGCUACUUUGUAAUCUUUUCAUAGUUCGCCAUUUGUUCAGUCUUCUUCCAAAACCGUUGCUCAGUGUAAUAAACUCAGCUUCUUGUGAUGUGUCUCAUUCAUCAUCUGUCAACUCCAACACUAUUUGCCUGAAAGAUGCCUUUCAUAAAAUUAGAGUGAUGCAAUUUACUUUCUGCUGCAACACACAAGUGCCGAAUUGUCACGUUUGACCUCUCACAUCUGAAUACAUUAGGAAACCAGUAGCGUUCUUACCCUGGUACCAACGGUUCAAAUGGUUUAAGUACACACUGCUUGCUUUUUUGUAGUCACAUCCCUAACUGUGGGAUUUUUAAUUGUUCAUGAUCUCUCAACCACAGCACACAAACUGCCUUGUUCUCACCUAUAUUAUUAGACAAUAUUCAUCCUUUUUAUUGUCAGGUGAUUAACAUUAUACUGAGCAAGACCGGAUUUUGUGGCGUGACCCCUGAAGUGCAAUCAUUAACAAUGGCUAAUCGGUGUGAUACUGUGUCCAGACCAUAUUUAUUGUAAAAUGACAUAAUAUGACAUUAAUAUAAAGUAUUACCAUAUACUGUUUACAGAGUAAAUUGAUUAGUUAGUUAAUUAAUUAAACACUAGAUUAUUGUUAACCUGAUGUUAUGCCUUUUAAAAUGUGGUGGCCAUGUUUAUGAUGUAAUAAAUUACCUGCACCAAAA